UUUCUCACUCACAUUUCCAUUACUAAAAAAAAAACGAGUUUGUUAUUUACUUAAAAACAAAAUGUUAUGCUGUCAGUCAUAUUAUUUUUUUACUUUACUACUAAAAUAAAUGUUGACACUUUAAUGAAAUUUUUUAACUAUGACUGAACAAAUUCAAAGUGUCGAAAAAAAGUUGGGGACAAUGAUAAAUAUCCAUUGGUUUCCUUUAACUUCACAAGGCAACGUUUACUCAAUGUCGAAAUUAUGUUCGCCUUAUGGCACAAAUAAGAUAUUAGUCGCUUCAUUAAAAAGAAAAAUAUUUUCUUGCGGAUAUCAACAGAACAAUACGAAAAUUCUUCGACCAUUAGUUAAAGAAUUACUUUUCACUUACAUACCGAGUGGUGCCGAAAUAAUUUCUGUUGACGCUUAUAAUAAGCAUCAUUCUGAUGAAGAAUUUGUUAUUGGAAUAACAAUCAUAAAACCUAGUAAUGAAGGCAGUAUAGAAAGAUAUUUAAAUAUUUAUUCUGAAAGUACUGGUGAUGGGGAGAAUAGCGAAACUUCUAUUGAAACAAUUGCUCAGAAUUGUCUUACUGUUGAGUUAACUUAUACGCCAUAUUUAUUGUAUCAUACUAUUAUACAAGAUGAAGAAAUUGGUCAAGAGGUUGUCUGGCUAAUUUCUGGUAGUGAUAAUCAGUUACAUAUGAUUCGUGAAGAUAAAUUGAAUCAUGGAUAUACAGAAUUUCCAUUAGACAAAUAUUUUCCGGAAUUAGUUAAUUUACAAACUAUUGUUUUGUGGAUUAAUGUUUAUUACUACAAUAAUAAUAAAAGGAGAUUAACUGCAGUAUCGUGUGAAUGUGGUCUAGUAAAAGUCACAUUAGUUGAUGUAGAAAAUAAAAAAAAACUAAAAGAAUGGAUUCUUCGUUACGACAGACCUGUGUCGAGGAUACAAAUUUUUUCCCAGCGUAAUAAUUUAUCCAGUCAAAUAUUUACUAAAGAAGAUGAUGUAAAUACUCAGCCAAAUUUAAAUAUUUUAAUUGUUAAUGCAUUGGAUCCAUCCAUAGUAUUUACAGAUAUUUUGCGGUAUGGUAUGAAAAAAGAAGUAGUUUUACAAACAGGAGAUAACACAGAUUGCAUUUUAUCAUCUUGCGUUGCUGACAUUAACAUGGAUGGAAAUAAUGAAAUAUUAUUAGGAACUUAUAGUCAUGAAAUAUUGAUUUACAUAUACGAUAAAAGUAAAUGGAUUCUAAUGGAUAAAAAAAAAUUUGAUUCCCCAGUUCAUUCAAUGUGUUAUUUAGAUUUAACUGGAGAUGGCCUUAAAGAAUUGGUUGUGUUGACGCAACGAGGAGUAUAUUUCUUACAACAUGAACCAAAAGAAGUGGCUGACUUGUGGAGAAAACGGUUCGAAAAACUCAUGAAAUCUAGUACUCAAAUAAUGGCGGAUAAUAAAUAAAUAAAUAAACAAAUUUUUAAAUCUUUAAAUAAAUUUAAUGGGUUGAAACAUGAUAAACUCUUUGAAAGUGUUUAGAUUAUAAUUGAAAAAUUAAACCCAAUCGAAAAUUAUAACUAACAGAGGACAAAUAAAUUUAAUUUAUAUUUUUGAUAAU